AGGCUUCUCUCCAAAAACUAGAAAACUUAGAAACCAUCAUUCUUGGUAAAAAAACCUCUUGUGGUGGCCUGAAAACCUCUUUUGGUCACCCUGAAACUUCCAAUGGCCAAGACAGUGGUGGUUUUUGAUUUCGACAAGACGAUUAUCGACUGCGACAGCGAUAAUUGGGUAAUUGAGGAGAUGGGUGUUGAUGACCUGUUUAAGGAGCUUCUCCGCACCAUGCCUUGGAACCCAACAAUGGACAGGAUGAUGGGGGAGCUGCAUUCAAUGGGAAAGACAACUGACGAAAUCGCAGAUGUCAUGAAGGGGGCCCCACUCGAUCCUCGCGUUAUUUCCGCUAUUAAAGCUGCAUACGCUUUCGGGUGCGAUGUGAGGAUAGUGAGCGAUGCAAACCUGUUUUUCAUAGUGACGAUACUGGAGCACCAUGGUCUCCUCCAUUGUUUCACUGAGAUUAACACAAACCCUUCAUUUGUUGAUGAGAAUGGAAGGCUAAACAUCCGCCCUUACCAUAACACCCACAAUUGCCCUCUCUGCCCUCCCAAUAUGUGCAAGGGCUUGAUCAUUGAGCGAAUUCAAAGCGAGAUAGCUGGUAAUGAUCGUUGUAUCGUGUAUUUGGGUGAUGGUAAAGGGGAUUACUGCCCCUCUCUAAGACUUGGCCAUGGUGACCACGUCAUGCCACGUAAACUCUACCCACUUUGGGACCUCAUACAAGUCGAUCCCUCUCUAUUGAAAGCCACACUUCACGAAUGGAGAGACGCAGGAGAACUUGAGGCCAAGCUUCUGAAUAUUUUGAGAGAUAAUGAAAAGAAGGAAGAAUUCACUUAUGAGAGUAAUGGUUUUGUUGAGGAGAGUUUGAGUGAUCGGCUGCUUUCUUCUGUGGUGGAUUGCAAGUCUGAAUCGAUCACAGGCCCUGUUCUUGAAGCCCCUCUUCCUCCAAUCCUGCGUGUUACACAAUGAUCAUAAAUUGAUGAAAGAUUUAAAGGCCUUCUCUCUUUAGGAUUUUCUUCAUUUUGUUUAGAGCUUGCAGGAGGGGAAGAAAUAUUCCUUUGCUGCUUACUGAAUCUCUCAAACUUUACUUUAGUCUGCUCUCCCCCUCUUGACUAGUUUCUUUUUCCACAAUUCAAUGAUAUGUAUAUAUCUGGUCUCAUCCAUUGGUCUCUCUUUGUUUUUGGGAAGAGCUUCUUGACAUUUUCUAGGGCAUCUUUUGCUUCUUUUUAGGUUCGAUUUAUAGGGUUUUAAUGGAAAUUGGAGCUAAUAUAAGUAUUUAUGGUUCACCAUCAUGAUGCUCAUAUUUUUAAGAGGAUAUAGUUGUACGACAAGAUGGGUGCUUUGAGUGUCUAAUCCAUUUGCCCUUGCUGGUUUUCUUUUAGCCCUAAUUUUAAUGGAGAAACCAGGAAACCCUUUUAUCUCCAAUUUUAUUGGACCUUCAUCUCAAAUGCUAUUUGCCUGAAUUUGAUGAAUAUAUUAGGCUACUUUGUGUUUAGUUC